AUGCGCUCGGGUGUCCUCGUAGCUACUGUUGCGCAGCCGGUCCUAUUUGUUGCUUUGGUCCACCUGGUGGCAUUGGGCCGGCAUGGUGAUGUACAUGGAUUGGCCGUGCCACAAUUCCCAGAGCAGCCUUGGAAAACUAUCGCAUCGACAGGCCCGGGGUGAUUGCAUCUUUCGGGACGGAGUUUCUUGUAUGAUAUUCUUAUGCAAAAAGAAAAACGAAACUCAAACAAGUUUCACGCAGAGUGAUGAAACCACAAAUGCAUUAUCGCAAGUUCACGGUCUCUGCGGGGUGACCAUAAUUUUCGGUACGUUCAUUAUAGAUCCCUGGGGGGAGUGAAGCAAUCAUGCCUCUUCCUGUCCAAAUGGCUCAAGAAGGACGACGCCUCGACGGGCGACGCCUGCCUCGUACCUCCGCUAUCGAAUGCAAAUGUGUCUGGGCCUGGAAGAUUGUUGCAUUCGCCAUGCAUGUCUGAUAUGAAUCGACAAUCUGUGAUGUCUAGGUACGACCGAGACGGCCCUCUUACCUAUCAUGCAAAAACGCACUUUGUCACGCCAUGCGGAAGGCGCAAAACAUAGCAGCGGAAAGUCUUGUAAUGCCUGGCUGCGUAUUGCAGUGCGCUCACCAUUCUUAUUCGCUUUUAGCAUUACAAGCUUCACUCACACUCAGGCAUAUUUUUAGUCGAUAUCCGCACAAGCGGCAAAACAACGCGACGACGCUGGAGUGGCCGGUAUGCUGCCUCGACCACGAUGCUCUGGUUCGUUUGUACGGUCGGAGCGACUUCUACGCCGCCUGCUCAUCGAUGGCGGCAGUUUGCUGCGACAGAUAUAUCCUACAGAAAAGUCAUUUGCACGAGAAUUUGCACCAGAAAAAAAACAUAUUUGUAGCUUUGUGUUGCUAUAGUCGUGCGGUAAGAGCCUUUGUAGUGAUGCGGAGAUAGCCAAAGACGCGGUCUGCUGUCACGGAAAAUGCUGUUUGCAACAAACGGGCUUCAUCGAUUUUUACGAUUACGAAGGACCAAAAUAAUAUAAAACUUUGUCAUGCUGAACACCUCAAAAUAUCUGAUCUAAUCCUAGUAACAGCGAAAGAGCAGCAGAAAUUCCGUUCAUUAUUUCUAGCAAAUUGACGGUGUAGUAGUGCAAAUUGAUGGUGUAAUAGUAGUAUUUCUCUGUGGCAUACAAUACCGCUGGCGAGAAGAGCUCGUCCAGAAGGCCUUAAAUUGCGAGCACGGGCUGGUAAUCGGCAGCGAAGAGGAACGUUUUUGGAAGCUCUGGAAGCGGCAGGUGCUCUUUGCAACACCAGCAGACAAGUCGGUUGCCGGCAAGGUGCUGAAGCGGUCGGACCGACGACACUGCAUUCUCGGUGAGUUUGCGGCGUCCGCUACCUCGGGUACCAAAUGCAAAUCUCGAUCUGGGUCUGGAAAGGUGGAGCUUGUAAUGCUGAGCUUCCAUUCUUGUGAAAUCUGUGUUGCAGGGGGACCAACAAAACGAAGUCACUCAGAUUCUUUUGUCAUAAAAAACCGCAGUGAAGUCUCAUAAAGAAGUGUAGAUUCUUUUGUCAUGGAAAAGUGCGGAUUGCGUUUGAGAAAGCGUUCUGCGAACUUGUCGUGCCAUUGGCUGCAUUCGGAAGAGUCCUCCUCAUGAUCCACAGUUCAGCGUCACAAAUCAUCUCCAGACAUGAUCCAGGGAUAUUUGCAUUAUGCAUAUCGGGCACGGUGCUGCAAAUGGGGGUGCACCGGUUUCAGGGCAAGACCUCGUUUCGCGAACUGGACGUCUAUUUUCACGACCUGCACUACCACUUGCGCGUGACGGAGGUCAUUUUCGCCGCCUUGUGGCGCAGCAAGUCUCUGACCCUGUACGACCUCCUUCUCGCCGGCCAAUGGCAGCUCUUCUCCAUCAUCGACGGGCUCGCACAGACGUGGUCCGAUACUGUGCUGGUGGGCAAGGAGCCGGCUGCGUUCGGAUGGGGUCCGUUUGGUGGCAUCAAGCCGAGCGAAUGGAACGCGCUUCGUACUAUCGUGUGCAAAACAAGUCUCGCAAUCGCACUCGUACGAAAUCAAAUGCGGCUCUUGCAUGACAGACCUGUUUUUUUUUCUUCCUAUGCAUGACAAAUUCGAUUAUUCGUUCUGCUAUGCACUUGGUACUAGUUCUUGUGCGAAGGCGACAUUUGUUUCGCAAUGCAUAUUUCGCACUCAGCAGCAACUACACUCUUCGCAGCCGCAGACUGUUGGGUUCGGUCCCGGAAGCUCUUGCGCGGUCUGCCGAAUACACCAGUGGGUCUCGGAGAAGGAAAGAAGGCAGGACCGGACUCUGAUCAGUCACAUCAGCAGGGCGCUGACCCGCAACGACCGCAUUUCAGCGCAGAUUUUUCUGGACUUUGCUGCCCCGCACACCUGUGAUGUGGACUUUUUGCGGUCCAUUUUCGGUGGUGGCAACAGCACGAUCUCCCAAUUUACCAAGAAAGCCAUCAUGUGGGAAUGGCAGGCAGAUUCGCGAAAACAGGACGAGAGUACAACCGAGUACUUGCCGGCCCCAACGAAGACCUUUGUCGCCUGCUUCAGGCAGGCUACAGUACAUCUGGCAGCCGCACACAGCCUACUUGCCCACGACGCCCCCACCCUGCUUUCGGUAGAUGUUGCAAGUGGCAAACAAGUCCAGCAAGACGCACGUCGGCACAUUGCGAAGGCGCAGAGUUUUCUGGAGCGCGCCCUGGAGACGUCAAGCAACCCUCUGUCGGAUCUGGUGCUUUUUGGUUCCCCUCACGCACACAAGCAGUGGCCGACCUUUCCAGUGCUUUCACUGCUUUCCGCUCUGGGGCUUGCGGCCAGUGCGUUGUUUCUCGGAGCGCGAGGCCUGUCACAGUUUUUCACGGUGCCGUUCUACGACUCUGUUGGCAACAACGUGCGCGUGAAUGGUGGCCAAAGACCGUUCUGCACGGAUGGACUGUUCAUCCGCCUUGUCGACGCUACACCGGUCUUCCCGGACCGAGACCUCGCCGCGUCGGAGGAGCGAGCGAGUGGCGAUUCUCCCUUCGUCUUUGUUGAGGUUGGCGCGCACCAAGGGGAUUGCAUCAUACACGCGCUCCGCAAGUUUCCCGACGCGCAAGCCGUGGUUUUUGAGCCGAGCAAGCUCGCAGUGGCCGCCUUCCAGCGCACGGUGAGGGCCAACGGCUGGGAAAAACGAGUGCGCGUGGUGCAAAAAAUGGUGGUUGCGCGAAGAACUGCGAAGAAGCCAGACCAGAAGGACGGCACGGCGGAUGAAACGACCGGCGAUGUUACAACUACAGCCGGAACUACUUCCGAGGGUGCGUCCGAAAUACAAGUAGACGCAAGGACGCCGAAGAUCCCGAAAAUGCGCAUUCCAGAUGCGGAAGACCUGCACACGAUCUACCUGAACCCCUUUUCCACAGCGGAGAGCUACGCGACCUCGGACUCGUUCUUUCACACGAAGCGGCAAAAGAAAGUUCAGGACGCCUCCGCCUGCAUCCUGCGGCCUGACGCGCAGGAGUGCGACCACUACGACGUUGUGCGCGCUACUACUUUGUCGGAUUGGUUUACGGGUCCCGGACGCAGUCUCGCGGCCCCUGCAGUGGCAGCGCCUCCUGUCGCACUAACGGACGCCGCCGUUAGUACCUUUGCCGGCGCUGGGGAAGCGCUCACCUACUUGAAGAUCCACUGUCAGGGGUGCGAGCUUGCAGCUCUGGAAGGCGCGACCGAACUUUUCCAUCGGAGAGCGGUGUGCAUCGCGACAGCGAAAUUGGAGACUAUGUUCGAAGGACUCGAGCCGCGGGCGGUGGGCGACAAGCAGCGCAGUACGACGGACCACGUGCCGCAGAAAGCCCGCGAAGCUUCGCGUUUCCUCCUCGACCUGUUUGUCCCAAAUCAGUACGUAUCGUAGGAGAAAAUUGUUUUGUUACAUUACUGUUAUGACCCUCUGCAUCACAAGUCCUCUUUUAAGUACACAUAAACAAAGAAAACUUGCCGUGCGCUCGUCCCAAACAAGGUACGACAUAACUGCAAAUCCACUGCCUUGUAAGUGUAGCAACACGAACGAAAAUGUGUAUCAAGACAUUUUAUUCGGCAUUGCGAGUUAUCAGCGAAACACUUUCUUCUCGCGAUAGUACGACCUCAUGAUCGUCUCUGCUCCGCACGAGGACUUCUGGGACCCGACGCUCUCGGAGGAUCGUCUGCAUAUCAAAUGCAAAUAUAGUACGUCUGGGUGCUCUGGAAACUUGUGAUGCUGGGCUACUUAUGGAUGAGUGCAGCACUGCUAAAGGCCCUCCGGCCAAGAAGCAGGACAGAUUUAGAACGCUUUCGCUUUCUCAUCCCUAGUACGCAUGACAAGCUGCGUUUUCGCAUGACAAAACAACUAUCGCUUGUGAUGUCGGUCAUGCAACGCAUAUUUUCCAGAACUGUAAAACACGCGUCACACCUCGCACUUUUCCACACCCGGACAACUACACGUUUGCACUGCAUACUGUGCCGUAGGGUGCUACGUUUCAAUCUGCAUGACGGCGUUACGCCGCGACGCGAUUUGGAGACGGCGGUUGCAUUGGAGCUGCAGAGAAGGUCGAUCUACUGGCGUAUCUUGUGUAAAGACACGACCCCUCCUAACCAUCAGUACAAAGAGAAGAUGUUGAAGUGUCGAGUUACUUGAAUAUAUCCUAAUCCUUCAACAUCAACUGACACUGCACGCAUAUUUUGCAUUACGUACUACCGGCUUGCAGGGAAGGGCGUGUUUUCGUAGCAUAUGAGAGAGCUGGCAGGCGGGCGACGAGACGGCGGAUGCAGCAAACCUGUCCAAAGCCGCGGAGGCCAUUUUAGUCGCAGUACCACGGUACCCUAGAUCUCGGCAUUGUCGAGCGCUGAUCCAGUACUUCGCGACAAAGUCUGAUCAGGAAUAGAGGCGGAAUUUCACUCUUCGAGACGCACAUGGCGAGGAACAGGACGGUGGGUUCCUGAGGACCGCAUGAGCACAUUUCUCUUUCUCAGACUUGAAUACACAGAGAGCAUCUGGUACAUGCUUGCAAGGUGAAGGUCCUGGUACACCAGUAGGUGAAAUUUUAU